CAUACAAUAGCGGCGAUUAAGUUGAUCCGGAUAGAGACCGAAAGGGGCUGUCACCGGUACUUAUGAAUGGAUUGAUACUAUUUUGAGCUUUGUUGCGGCAGCUUGAUUAUUAUGAUUAAUUGAUUCGAUUUUCUAUCCAACUUUCUCAAGAUUUAGUAUGCCUCCGACGGAUAAUCGGAAGAUGACACCUCAAAGCAAUUGCUUGGCUGUUUCUCUCUCACUGACGUCAAGCGGAUAACUUGGUGAUGUUCUCUGUCAGGUACGAGGACAAAGGACGUUAUGUUAUUUAUACGUUACGUUACGUUACAAGCUAUAACCAUACAAUCACAUCGAUAACGAUUAUCUGCAAUUCCAAGCUCGUUCGUUUUCUUGAUCCAUUAUACAACUUUUAUCUUCAAUACUCACAUCUACGCGUGUUGACUGGUUCUCACAGCAUUUGGCAGCCCUCAAUUGACUCGACUUCUCCAACAUGUCAUCUCAACCCUCGACCAUCGAUCAAUUGAAGAAUACAGCUUCUUCCGCAUACGAGACUGUAGCCAACAGUGUAUCUGCGAUUUCUAAAGAUGGCGUUUAUGAUCCUGACCAAGACAAGAACAUGGUUGGGAAAGACGCACACGGGAACAAGUUUAGGAAGGGCGAUUUUAAAGAUAAAUUGAAUCAAGCUGCUUGUGGGGGGCAACCAGAAAAGGAGGAAGAAAGCCUGACAGAGAAAGCAUUUUCGUGGAUACCAGGUAUAAGCGCAUUACAAAAGUCAACUUUGGAACAAGGACCAGAGGAUACAACGGUGAAGGGCAAUGAAGCACCCCCAGUUCGGCCACAACACGAUGUGCCAAUUGAACAAUUCUUGAGAAAGCAAUACCAUAGCAGAAGUGGAGAUGGGAUCCCAAAUCCGGGGGAAAGUAGUUGA